AUGAGCGCAUUCAAGUUACUUGGUCUUGCUGCCCUGGCUGCUGCGGCGCCGGUAGAGGAGCGCGCAAAGAAGCCCAAGAGUUUUCUGAAAGACCUUGGAAACUCAACUUGGGUUAUUGGCAACGAAAUCUGGAACGUUACACAAAACCGCCAGUAUGCUGAUAAGUUGUGGUACAAGGGAAAAGAUCGCGUCGGAAAUGCCGUUGGGCAUUAUGUUAGCUACAAUGGCGCUGCGUCUGAUCUGAACUGGACUUCCGCGGCAAUUGUCGAUUCUGAUACCGACUACAUCAAUGUCAAGUUUACGGCGAAGGAAGGCGACUUCCAUUGGGUAAUCUACGACGAUCUCCCAGGCGCAUACCAGUACUUCGUUAACCACGCCCUGCCUACACUGGGCGAGUUCCGUACUUUGUGGCGCCUCGAUAACGUCUCGUUUCCUCGCAGUCACAACAACGUAAAAGACGGUGUACUUCCUGCGUUAGAGGAAUAUUGUCAAGCUACCAACGUCCAGGAUGAAACCUGGCAAAAGGCUGACGGGUCGUACUUGACAAAGUACGACUGGAGCGGCUUCGUCCGAGACCAGACAUACUACGGUGUCUAUGGUGACGAGGUCGGAAGCUGGUACCUCAACCCUGGAAAGGACUACUACAAUGGUGAUCAUCUCAAGCAAGAGCUCAUGACUCAUCGUGAAUCCCAAACUGGAGACGCAGUUCAGCUGAACAUGAUCCACGGCACACAUUACCAAGCCAUUGCGCGCGAUUCUUUCGCUGAUGGCAAGAUCUGGGGCCCAUGGCUUUGGUACCUCAACGACGGAAGCAAAGACGAUGCUGCAGCUCGCUGGGGGAAGGAAGAAGCAGCCUGGCCUUACAAGUGGUUCGACAACAAGCCCUACCAAUCUCGCGGCAAGAUGCAGGGCAAGCUCCUCUUGAGUGACGGACGUCCAGCUGCUGGCGCUGCCGUUUUCCUUGGGGAUAACCGCAAUACUACGGUUUCAACUCUUGAUCAAGGGCAGAACUACUACUACACCACUUAUGCCGACGAAGACGGCAAGUUUGACAUCCACGACAUCCGCACCGGCACAUAUGCGCUCUACGCUUGGGGCAACGGCGGCGCAAUUGGCGAUGUUACAACAAACUUUACACAAAACGAUGUCGAGAUCCGCGAGGGCAAGAACACAAAUCUCAAGGAAUUGACCUGGAAGGUUACCGACAGUAAGAAGCGCAUCUUCCAGAUUGGCGACUUCGACCGUACGACUGACGGGUUCAAACUUGCCGAUCCGGCUCACCCAUUCGAACACGGUCGCAUCUCCAAAUGCCCAGGAAACCUUACCUACACCGUCGGUACCAGCUCUGCUCUUGACUGGUGCUUUGGUCAAUCUGCACUCGGCACCUGGUCUGUUCUCUUCCCAUCCAAGAGCACAUCCGCCGCUAAAUUGACGGUAUCCCUCGCGGGUUUCUCACAAGGCUCGAGCUGCGACAUUCUGCUCAACGAUGUCAAAGUGGGAAACAUCACGAGCGCUAGUCUAUUGAACAGCCAAGACACGUAUCGUGGUGCCACACGAGCGGGCGAGUGGAGAUUGCUCGAAUUCCCGAUCGCGGAUGGAGCGUUGAAGAGCGAGGGUAACCGCCUAGACAUCAAGGUUACUAGGACUACGCAAUGGAGAGGGUGGCUCUGGGAUAGCUUGGUCUUAGAUCAGGCAUAG